AUGGCAACAGAUUUGGAAUCGUUUCUCAACACGGCCAUAUUCUUCGCCAUUGUCAGCGCCGCGGUGUAUGUUCUGUUGAUUCGACCCAUCUUGCCGCACGCCCAGCUACCUACCGCCACGCAACCACGGCGGACGGCCCAGAACGAUGAACACGGUGGUAUCGAUCCUUCACGGGUGGCAAUCCGGUCGGUGACGAAAAUUUGCACGGAUGCACCGCCACACUUGGAACCCAAUAGCCGAUUGCGCACCAACGCACACGGCGCCAACGUUCUGAUUGACGGUCUAUUGGCGUUUCAGCAUACGCGAGCGGCAACGUACCGACAGAACCUAUCGCAAGGCACGGAUACUAACGCGAUCAAUCGCAAAGAUCGCGCUCGAAUUUUAUCACAUUUUUUGAAGGAUGGCGCUCUUGCCGCGCCUCCCGAAAAAGGUAGCACCAUUGCGAUUUCGGUACCGGAAAAUGAAGUGGGCUGUACCAAAUUAAAGCGCAUUCUUUAUUUACUGGGAACUUAUUAUAAUGUUUUUGUGAUCCUGGUGGGGGAUGAAGGAUUUGUGGAAAUAGACCGAGACGAACGUCUUCGGGAACUGCGGGCAGGAGGAGGCGGUGUUCCUGUUGAAGUAAUUCCAGAUCACCGAAUCGUAGCUACCACCACUGUUCCGGGUCGGGUGGCCUUUGUACGGCAAGUGCAGCGCAUAGAGCUGGUUUUAGAUUUUGAUUCAGAGAUCUAUAACAAUCUCACACGAUUUGGACACCGGGUACUGGUGUACGGAGCUGGCACCGAGGUCGAACACCAGGCUUCACGACUUGGAAAUGAUUUUCUCUCCUGA